AAGCCUGGCAUCGCGCUGUUGCGAGCGCCGUACCAACAAACGGCAGCCCAACGACCAGCGGCAGCACCACCAUGGGCGCCAAGGUCCACCCCGGCGGGAAAAAGCCGCCGCCCAUGACCGGCAACGAGGCCCACGUCUUCGUGAAGAGCCCCAACGCGGACCGAGCAAAACAGCUCUGCGCCAUAGCCGAGAAGUGCGGCUUCGCGUCGUCGAUCCACCCGGACACGGACAAGUGCCUGGAGGAGCUCGGCCAGCUCAUGAAAGACAAUAGGGUAUUACCAUCAGCAAUAAUUGUGGACAUCUACGACGAAAAUGGCGACGGCAUGGUCGACGAGGACGAGAUGUGCUGGCCCUUGUUGCGCAUGGUCCAGCGGCCGCACGCGCCCUUCGACGAGCGGCUUAAAAGGGUGUUCGUUUGUGUCAUAUCGAGGGAUGUUGCCGAAUCACCAAGACUGACGCUGGACGCUCUUGGUGCGGGCGCCAAGAUGGUCACGGACAACGACGACGCCGUCAAGGAAGCGCUGGAUCUACUACGCUUGACAUCGGUGAAAGGCAAGGGCGUGCGAGGUGAGAGUAGUGGUACCAAAAGAGGCGAGGUGAGAUGCCCCGUGUGCCAACUACCUGGACUAAGUCCACCGUUACUGUAUGGCCACUACUCGUUGUGUCAUGUCACGGAGCCGGGGCCGGAUGGGACCUGUCCGCUCUGUCCCCAAGUCUGCAGGGCAGGCCACGGCUUCACGCCCUUUGCCCGACACUUGGAGGACUGCCACGCUCCUGAUGGUUUGGAUGAGAACCAGGACGGUCACAUCUCCGCCGAAGAAUUGCGGAACUCCAUGAAGAAAAUGGUCAACACGAAAGCGGCCAAAAAAAACUUGGAGGAGAUGUUCCGGGCUUCGGCCGUGACCAUUGGUCCUGAAAAAUACGCGGCCUACGCGUGGUUAGUUGUCCGAAGACCAUCCGACGGCAAGUACCUCAUGGUUUUAGAGUCAGCGCACACUUCUGGAUGCCACGGCAAGCCGAGAUAUUGGCUCCCGGCCGGGAAAUGCGAUCCCGGGGAGACCCUCGUAGAAGCUGCCGUAAGAUCCUGCGCCGAGGACACGCAUGUUACGGUGAAGCCCAUGGGCGUUCUCAGACUAAUGUUGGAACCCUCGGCGAAGAAGUCGCUCCGAGUUAUUUUAUACGCCGAACCCGUGGACGAUGACCCAUCGAUCGUAGUGCCAAAAUCCGUACCGGACUUCCACUCGGUGGGAGCGAUCUGGGUCGACCCCGGCGACCUGGAAGACCUCAACGAGAACGAGUACCGGAACCCAGAUCCCCCGAAGUUUUUUCCUGGGGUGGAAGAGGGCACGAUCAAGGCGCACCCCUUGGAUACCGAUGCGUGGAACAAUCUCGAAGGUAUCGUGAAGGAGCUGACGGCGUCUCCCGAUCCUCAAAAACGCGAUUCUCAAAUACCGGCCGCGUGGGACGCGUGCGAGCGGACGUACAAGAGCGCGUGCCACAUGGAGGCCAAGGCCAAGUAAGUCCCGUAGAU